AUGCAUGCGGGCACGCAAACGGUUUUAGCAAAUAUUCGUCGAAAAUAUUGGCCCUUGAACGCGCGAAGAGAGCUAAAAGCGAUAAUACACUCAUGUGUAAAAUGUGCAAAAAUUAAAGCUGUCACUGCCUCUCAAUUAAUGGGAAGUUUACCCAUUGAUAGAGUUAAAUUUCAACGCCCUUUUUUUAAUGUUGGGGUUGAUUACGCAGGACCGCUGACGAUAAGAUCGAGUCGAUUAAGGAAAGCACCAAGAAUUAAGGCUUAUAUUGUUUUGUUUGUUUGCAUGGUGACUAAAGCUGUUCAUUUAGAUAUUACAACUAGCCUCACAGCAGAAUCAUUUAUUUGUGUUUUAAAGAGAUUCGUUUCUCGUAGAGGUCUAUGUUCGGUAAUAAAUAGCGACAACGGAACGAAUUUUAUAGGCGCUAAUCAUGAGUUGCAAGAGCUACGGAAUCUUUUUAGUAAACAAUCCUUCAAGACAGAUAUAAUUAACCAAGCUGCGACAAUGGGCAUAACUUGGAAGUUUAUUCCUUCUCAUUCCCCACAUUUUGGUGGAUUGUGGGAAGGAAGUAUUAAAAUUAUGAAAUAUCACCUUCGAAGGAUAAUAGGCUCCUCCUGUUUAACUUAUGAGGAAUAUUUAACAGUACUAUUACAGGUGGAAGCAAUUCUUAAUUCACGUCCUCUUAUGGCAAUAACAGAUGAUGUUUCUAGUUUUCAGUACUUAUCGCCUAGUCAUUUUUUGAUUGGAGAUUUUUUAACUACAAUCCCAGAACCAAACGUAAAUUUUGAUAAAUUAAAUUCAUUAACGGUAUAUAAGCAAUUAACUGCCAUGCGAGAUAAAUUUUGGACUUUAUGGUCAAAGGAUUAUUUAUCUUAUUUGCAAAAACGAAAUAAAUGGUCAGAUAAUCAGCCAAAUUUGAAAUUAAACUCGAUAGUUUUGAUUAAGGAGGAUAACCUUCCCCCAUUAAGAUGGUGCUUGGCUAGAAUUGUUAAUUUAAAUUAUGGUCGUGAUGGUAAAGUUCGAGUGGCAGAAGUUAAAACCUCAAAUGGAACCUACACAAGACCUAUUCAUAAAUUAGUGCCUUUGCCAAUUAAUGAUUAA